AAGUUCAUAGUUAUUCUGCUAAGACAUACGUAUAUAAUAUACCAUGAGGAGGGUUCAAUGUUCAUUUACCACUUCAACUAUUAUAUUCCCUUUUCGUCUAAAGGGCGAUCCAUCUGGCUGCGGGGAUCCUGACUAUGAAUUUUCUUGCGUGUACGGAAAAACCAUCUUAGAAAUUUUCCCAGGAAAAAUACUACGUGCACAACAUUUCAUAUGAUGAUCAAAACCUCCGUUUGGUCGACGUCAACUUUGCCAACGGAUCCUGCAGCCUUCCGCCUGGAUCUGUCAAAACAGCGGACGGGAAAGUCAUGGAUUUUCGGUUCCAAGGAGCUGUGAUCUAUUAUGCUAGUCGUUUUCGAUUCAUCAAGUGCUCCAAAAACAUCAGCAGCCUGCCAACAGCUGCUAAUUAUACAAGGGUUCCAUGUUUGGCCGCAACAAACGGGAGCUAUUUCUAUGCUGUUUAUGUCCCCGAGUACUAUUAUCCCCCUCAACCGUCAUGCUCGCUUGUUGCAGUGGCUCCGGUAGAUUUUCAUCCGGACAUGAAGUUCACUUCUUACGAAGCCGUCAUGAAACUAUUGCAGGCCGGGUUUGAUAUUGGAUGGUCGGUUAAGUGCAGGGACUGCUCUUUGGCUGGUAAGGGAUGCGCAGUAAGUUCAUGGGUUAAGCCACUCACCUACGAAUGCUACACAGAUGCAGAGUACAAAGAACCCACAGAACUUCAAAUAAUCUUAAUAUAUGUAGCAAUGGGUGUGGGAGCUCUAAUUGGUCUGUUGUGUAUAAUUCUUAUACUGGUGGUCGUAAUCCGAAGAUGUCGUAGAACUAGAAACGAAGCCAAGAGAAAUCUCCAGAAUCAAAAUCAGCAGUCCUUGACGCCAUAAAUCAACAGUUCUUGAGCUUAACAUUUGUAUGUUGAUGUGUGUAAAUUCAAAUGCUUUUGCGGUGUUUGUUGAUGUGUAUAAUUCGGAUAUUUGGUCUUGUUCAUUAGUUAUUGGCCAUUGAGCCAUGUAUAUAUUUCCAAAUGGGCCUCAUUUCAUUGGGCCACUUGU